CCCUUCCGGGUAUACCUGCUUAUGCCCGUAUCCCUCGGCUGCAGACGACAGACAUGGUCGGCUGGAGAAGCAAAUGUUGACAAUGUUCUUCACGAAUUUUGCAGUUUGAGCCCAUGUUCGCCUGACACCCUUUGGCACCAGAGUGGGCAUCGAGAUGGACUGGUUGGUGGGCUGUGUGGCGUUGGUCCACCUUGUUGUGGCACCAUACACGAAGGUAGAAGAGAGUUUCAACCUCCAGGCUUGUCAUGAUCUACUCUAUCAUGGAAUACACCUCAGCCAGUACGACCACUUAGAAUUCCCAGGUGUUGUGCCAAGGACCUUUGUUGGACCACUUGUCGUUUCUGCAAUUGCUUACCCAGUUGUGGCCAUUAUUAAACUACUUGGCCUUUCUAAGUUUCUAGCCCAGUAUGUUGUGCGAGCAGUAUUAGGGCUUCUUGUAAUCUUGGCUUGGCGCCGAUUCCGAAAACAACUACAGGAGAGCUUUGGCCCAUCUGUUACCUUCUGGUUCACCCUCAUCACUGCCUCCCAGUUCCACUUCAUGUAUUACCUAAGUCGCCCACUACCCAAUACCUUUGCUCUUGCUAUAGCCCUCCUCACCUUCUCAUACUGGCUAGAGCAUCGCCAUGGCCCACUCAUUUGGACAUCAGGAGUUGCAGUCUUGAUAUUCCGAUCAGAGUUGUGUCUUCUAUUGGGGCCAAUGCUACUCCUUGACCUUACGACUCGGAGACUGCUUACAGUUCCAUUCCUGAAAUAUGCAAUACCAGCAGGACUGUUGUGCCUCGUCACCACACUGACCAUAGACUCUUUCUUCUGGAAACGACUCCUAUGGCCUGAAGGAGAAGUCUUUUGGUUUAAUACCUACAAGAACCAGAGUCACAAUUAUGGAACAUCACCCUUUUUGUGGUAUUGGUACUCAGCACUCCCUAGAGCCCUAGGCUUAAGUAUCCUUCUUGUCCCUUUUGGCAUUGCACUGGAUAAGAGACUGCAGGUUCUGGUAACUCCUGCUUUUAUCUUUGUGGCAGCCUACUCCAUCCUGCCUCAUAAGGAACUGCGUUUCAUUAUCUACGUCUUCCCCAUUCUCAAUGUUGCUGCUGCUAGAGCAUGCCAUUUUCUCUGGGAAGGGAGAGACAAGUCUACCAGCCGUCAGCUCUUAGCUGUUGGGUCAGCACUGCACCUGGUGGGUAAUGUGGUGUUCACAACCUUUUUGCUUACCAUCUCGGCCAACAACUAUCCAGGAGGUGUGGCUGUACAAAAGUUACAUCAGAUAGUUCCUCAGGAUAUGAAUGUCAGUGUCCACAUUGAUAACUUUUCAGCACAGACUGGAGUAUCAAGAUUCACACAGCUUCAUGAUCACUGGAGAUAUAACAAAACUGAACAUUUGAAAGCUGGAGGGCCAGAAUUAAGAUCAUUCACCCACUUGUUGGUUGAAGGCAAAUCCAAAUAUUCAUACAGUCUCAAACAUUACACAACCUCGCAUCAGAUCCUCACUUCAGUGGAAUCAUUCUCGCACCUGAGCUUCAAUUAUCAGCAGUUUCCCCCUGUGAAGGUUAGGGUGAAGCCAUCUAUCUUUGUCCUGAAAAAUCUGGUGGAGGAAGAUAUUGACUGGUCAUGGCUACCGAAGGAAGAUGGAGAAAAGGAUGAAUUAGAAGAAAUGAGAAGUGAAGAAGAGGAGGUUGUCCAUGAAGAAGAAAAAGCUGAAGAAAUUAUCCAACAGGAAGAGGAAAAAGAAAAGGAAGAAGAAGGAGAAGAACAAGAUCAAGAUCAAGAUCAAGAUCAAGAUCAAGAUCAAGAUCAAGAGGACCAGGAGGAGGAGAUAAAGGAACAGGAGCAGGAGGAUGAGAAUCAAAUUUUUGAAGAAAGUGUAGAUGAAUCUAAAGCAGCCGAGGAAAAGCCGAAAGAUGAGGAAGAGAUUGUGAAGGAUGAAUCACUUCAAGAAGAGGAUGACUCUAUAAAUACAGAAGAAGAAAUUGGAGAAACAUUAGACAGUGAUGCAGGAGAAACACAAGAGGAAAAGGUGGAGCAGCAGGAGGAGGAGGAAGAGGAGGAGCAGGAGGAGGAGAAGGAGCAGGCUACUGAGGAGCCUAGACUUCCAGAGCUUGGUUGUUUUAUGCCAGAAGGGGAAGUUUACGAUGUUAGUGGUGAAGGUGAAGUCCUGGAUAAGCAACCUUCAUACGUGAAUGAAGUGUUGAUGGAAGGUGAAGAGAAAGCAGAUAGUGACAGUGAACAGUUUUGUUAUGGCAGUGAGAGUGAUGAUUGCCAACUUUUGGAAACAGGAGAAAAUGAUAAUAGAGCAAAUGAGAAUAAUCCCAGCAAAAUGGAAAUGGAAAACCAAGAAGAUACCAGUGUAGAAGCAGAAGAGGAAGAAAACAGAUUUGUUGAAAUAGCAUAUGAGACAAAGGAAGCAGAUGCCAAACCUGAUGAGAGUGAAGUAAGUGUCAAAGAGUUACCUAGUGACAUCCCUGUAACAUCCUUACCCCUGAGUGAAAGUAAUCAGGAGAAAGUAAAGGAAGUGAAAACCUAAGUUUUUAUACUGUGGGAUUGCCUGAGGGUGAAAUGUCAGUAGUUAGUGUCUAUGAAUGAAGAUUAGACUGAAGUAGACAUUCAUUAUUUAAUUGAUAUAAUGUUAGACUCUCUGUUUUCAUAUUCAAGCAAUAACAUAAGAUUAGAUUGUCUCCCAUCUUUACUCAAGAACGCUGCAUGACACUAUUUUUUCUCUCAUUUUCCACACUUUGCUCAAAUUUUCUUAACUUCUGUGUUUUGUAAAUCUUGUGAAGACUCCUCAAUUUAGCACAUCAUAAAUUCUUUUAUGAGAUAUUCUGAGAAAUAAAUAUUUGCUGUGUCUCAGCAAUACAUUUAGAAAUAAUUUAAGUGAGGAAAAAUGAAGUUAUGAUGUGCAAGAGCUGGACAAUAAUUUUAUAGGUUGUUUACAUACAGUCAUGCUGUGUUCCAAAGUUUGAAAAUAUUUAGCGUCCAUAGAUGCACUCUAAGCUACUGUAGGGUACUGCUCCUAGAAGUGCCUUUGUAGAUAUGCUAUAGAUGUAAAGCCUAUAUUUUUGUGAUGAAUAAUAUGUGUUUUGAUGCCACAUAGUUUACCAUAUUUUAAGUGUUUGGUACAGUUGAAUUGAGAAGAGAAUUAGUAAAUUCUUAUCUUAAUAUAAUUAUUCUUUCUUGUUGAAUGCAUUGCUGGUCAAGAUUAUGGAUCUGUACAGUGAAUUAGAUCAAACUUUGUUAACUUGUUUCAUCAUUCAUAAGUUGUUCAUUAACCAAUAUUAAAUACUUAAAGAGAGCUGUAUAGUACUGCCUAGGAGUAGAAAACUAAUAGUACCAUAAACAUAGUACUCAUCUACAUCUUUCUGAUGAAUGCAAGGGGUCAAUACCAUUAGUUAAUUUCUCUUACAUGCCACCUUGAUUUACCGAAAAUAAGAGCAAAACAUAUGAAUGAAAUGUGUAUACUAAUGUGGUAAGUUUUUGAUGAAGAGGCCAGAAGUAUAGGAAGCUUUAUUUACAAAUUAGGAAAACUUCAGUUACACAAGUUGGUUGUUUUGUAGUGAAGGUUCAUGGAUAUAUAGAGAUGCAGCAACACUGACUUGGUCUAAGUUAUUUUAUUGUCUCCAUGCAUACUACAAGGCACUGUGACAGGGGUUAGGUGUGUCUUAUGAGUCUUAUUGAUAUCAUGUGAUCACCUAAGGAAAGUGGGAUGACACUGCUUGAUUUAAUCAUUUAUAAGGAAGAUGUAUUAUAUUCCAGUUUCUUUAAGAUCUUCAAGUUAUAAGAUAACUUUAGAACUUAGAGACAAAUAUUAUUGUAAGAAUAAUAUUUCCCUCGUUUCAUGUUAAACCAAAAGGUGUUUAACAUUUGAAAGACUUCCAUGUUCAUCGCAUGUUUUCCAUUGGUGAAUGUAUUUAAGGAUGUGUGGUAGUUUGUAGCUGGCUUUUGAGUGAUUUAACAAAAGUAAUGUGUGAAAUUAACAAGUUUAGAAUACCUUAA